AUGGAUAAGACUAUGGAGAGGAAGUUUUUAAAGACCACUGUGGCCGGAAUUUUGUUGGAAAUCGGGUUUCAAUCUGCAGAACCAGGCGCCUUGGAGACUCUCGUUGAAAUGCUUUAUAGUUUGCUUUCUCAGAUGGGAAAUAGUAGUCGUCGUUAUGCAGAAAUAGCUGGGCGUCUAGAGCCUCUCGGGGCUGAUGUUAUGAUGGGCCUAAUUGACAUGGGUGUGUUCAAAAAUGCAUCCAGUCUAUUAACUUAUGCCAAAAGGUCUAAUCGAGGUGUUCUUCCUAGCCCUGUACCAUCUGUACAACCACGCCAAACAAGUAACUUACAAGCAGGGACAAGACUGCCACAUCCAUCAUAUAUGCCAAGUUAUAUGCCGGCUUUUCCAGACCCUCAUGCAUACAUAAGAACACCAACACACAAACAACCAGUUACUGAAUAUGAAGCAAUCCGUGAAAAAUCUGCUAUUCAAAAACAUGAACUUGAAAAAUCUUUGAUAAAGUUUUUAAUAAAAACUGGCCCUACUGAGAGUUUAUUUUUGAACCAAGAAAAUGAUUGUUUUGCAUUGAUAGCCAACAAGCCACAACAACCUGCAUACAUUUCAGCAUUGUUGCCUCAAGAUCAAGUAUUUGAUGAGGAUCCCGAUGAAACUGAAAUACCAAUACCUAGUAAAAAAAUUAAGUUCAAAAAAGAAGUUCAGAACAAAGAAGAAUUUGAUGAAAAUGAAGAACAAGAAAAUGAAAACGAAGAAGAAGAAGAAAACAACGGUGAUGAAACUGAAUCAAAACAAGAAGAGCCCAUAGAUAACCCUUUCUUAAGACCUGUUAAGUAUCCAGCCGCUCCUUAAAAUUGUUCAACUGAUCAUAUUAUUAAUACAUUAGAAACUAAUUUUGAUUCUAAAAAUUUAUUUUUAUAACCAAAUAUGUAAUUAACUCUAGAUCAUUGUACAUUUUGUUACAUAUCAUUAUUAUUUUAUGUAAACAUUUUUAUCCCUUGAUUUUAAUCAGUGUCUUGUAAAUAUUUAUUCUAUUUUAUGUCAAAUGGCAAAGCUAUGAGUUAAGAACUAGAAUUAAGUUACU